AUGUCUCCCAACGCGCCUGUUCCGGGAGUCAGCGGCCUAGACUGGCCUGCUAAGAUCCUUGCGCAGAUCCCGGACCGUCGCAAUCAUGCCAAGUUCUGGGAGGAUGGUUUUAAUACGGGAGUGCAGGUGUUGGAGGAUGGUCGCCUGGACAUCAAAGUCCGCCAAGACGACCCCAACCUAGCAGGGCUACUACACCACCUCCAAAACCAUCCCCAUGACCUCCCACCGCGACGAGAAUCCGUGAUCCCAUUCUCUGAGAAAGAGCGCCUUCACCCCCUCCACCUCAACAUAGUCAUCCACGUCGUCGGCUCGCGCGGAGACGUCCAACCCUUUAUCGCACUGGGCAAAGAACUAAAACGACACGGCCAUCGCGUGCGCCUGGCCACCCACCUCGACUUCAAGGACUUUGUCAACGAAAAUGGCCUGGAAUUCUUCAGUAUUGGCGGAGAUCCGGGCGAGCUGAUGGCAUUCAUGGUCAAGAAUCCAGGUCUGUUACCUGAUCUGCGCACCAUCCGCAGCGGGGCCAUCGCGAGACGACGACAGGAAAUGAAAGAGAUUUUCAGUGGGUGUUGGAGGUCGUGUCAUGAGAUGGGCGAUGGAACGGGUGAGCAACAGACUAUAGAUAAUCCGUGGAGCGAGACGGUAGAUUAUCAGAGUCGACCGUUUGUGGCGGAUGCGAUCAUCGCGAAUCCUCCAAGUUAUGCGCAUAUUAGUUGUGCGGAGAAGCUGGGGGUUCCGUUGCAUAUGAUGUUUACGAUGCCCUGGUCUCCAACGCAAUACUUCCCCCAUCCACUCGCCCAGGUCCGCGCGCGCAACGCCAAACGCUCCGUCGCCAACUUCGCCUCCUAUACAAUCGUCGAAAUGAUGAUAUGGGAGGGUCUAGGCGACUUAAUCAACAAAUUCCGGAAACGCCUCCUAGGCCUGGACCCCCUAGACGGCAGUCGAGCCCCAAGUCUAGUCCCCCGACUCAAAAUCCCCUACUCGUACCUCUGGUCACCGUCUCUCCUUCCCAAACCUGACGACUGGGGCGAAAACGUCGACGUCUGCGGCUUCAGCUUCCUCUCUUCAGGAAGUGACUACCGUCCACCCGAAGAUCUAGAGGUAUUCCUCAACGAAGGCCCGGCACCGAUAUACAUCGGCUUCGGCUCAAUCGUCGUCGACGACGCGGCAAAACUAACACGAACAGUCUUCGACGCCGUCAAAGAAACCGGUCACCGUGCACUAGUCGCCAAGGGCUGGGGUAAUAUCGGCUCCGAAGAAGUCGACGUCCCGGAUAAUAUCUUCCUAAUCGGAAACUGUCCCCACGACUGGUUGUUCCAGCGUGUAUCAUGCGUGAUCCAUCACGGUGGCGCUGGGACUACAGCCGCCGGACUCGCGCUUGGUCGACCAACAGUAGUAAUCCCAUUCUUCGGCGACCAACAAUUCUGGGGAAACAUUAUCGCCCGCGCAGGCGCAGGCCCGGAGCCAGUACCUUGGAAACAACUAACAACAGAGAAACUAAAAGACGCCAUCAAUAAAGCCCUAGAAUCGUCGACACUCGAAAGAGCAGACGAAAUCGGCAAGAACAUGAAAUCUGAAGAUGGCGUCGCAAGCGCCGUACACUGUUUCUAUCGCCACUUGGAUCUAGAUAAUCUCCGUUGCUCAAUCUGUCCAGACAGACCGGCUGCAUGGCAAAUCCGACAUUCAGACAUACGACUCAGUGCAUUCGCAGCAACGGUGCUUGUAGAAGCUGGUUUUCUCAAACCAUUCAAUGUAGAACUAUACCGCCCCCAAGAAUACAAUACCCACCGCGACCCCAAAGGCCCCCUCUCCGCCGGCGCAGGAGUCCUCUACAGCGCCAUAUCCGCCUUCAUCGGCAACAUCCGUGACAUACCAACAGGUUUCGUCGGCGCAACGCGCGAAGCAGGACAGAACCAAGCAUACGAUAAUCUAGACGCACAUGGACCACAAAACCAACCCGAACAUGAACCUGAACCCGAGCAAGUACCGGAAGUUGAAUCCGGUCCUGGCCCCGAAGAAUCCGAUGCCGAUGCAGAAAAUGCCGACCUAGAUGAACCAGAACACAAUAGAAACGGGGAAGAUAUAACCCGAAAACUCACGACAACGACCACUGCCACGAGCAAAGAAAAACGAAAAGAAAGAAGAGCAGAAGCCCUAUCAGACGUAGGUUACCGCGCAGGCCAAUGCGCGAAACAUGUAAUCGACUGGGCCAUUAUGUUACCCGGUGACAUAACACUCAGUCUAUCAAAGGGCUUCCAUAACGCACCGAAACUCUACCAUGAUCGUAUGGUCGAGGCGUUUCCGAAGGUCAUGGGGAUACGGAGUGGGUUUCGGGCAGCUGGAACUGAAUUCACAAGCGGCUUCUACCAAGGCCUAACAGGCCUAAUAACCCAACCCCACGCCGGCCUCCAACGCUCCGGUCCAACAGGCCUCCUAAAAGGCGUCGGAAAGGGUAUCGGGGGUGUAGUCCUGAAACCUGCAGCUGGCAUCUGGGGCCUAGCAGGCUACCCCCUCGACGGCAUCCACAAGAAUCUACGAAAAUCGCUGUCGAGAAGCUCGAGUAAGCAUUUUAUCGCCGCGAGGAUUGCGCAGGGGAUUGAGGAGAUGUGUGCUUCGGGGACGGAGGAGAGGGCGCAUGUUAUUAGGGUUUGGCAUGGGAUGGAGGAUGCGCAGAGGGGGCAUGAUUGA